UACAAUAUUUAAAGAUUUAGAAAAUAUUAGCGGAAUGAUCAAGAAAAAUACAGAAAAUGUCGAUAAACCAAAUAAACCAAAUAAAGUCUAUCCUAUGCCAUCCAAAGCGAGCAAACCUAAAGGUGAAGGAAUAAAUAAGAAUAACCAUAUUAAAAGAACAAAAACGGAAAAUAAAAAAUUUAUUGCUGUAUGA